AUGAACAAAAUAACAGCCCUAUUCUUCAUGUCUCUAAUCCUCUGCUGCAUGCUUACCCACUCUGCACGACCUGAACCAUCUUCUCAACAGGAAUCUUUGGUAGUAGCACAGCAUGAGGAUGUUGAGGCAGUUGAUACAACCUGUGAAGGGAUUGAAGAGGAUGAAUGCUUGAUGAGGAGGACACUAAUUGCUCAUACAGACUAUAUUUAUACACAGAAACAUAACCCUUGA